UUUUCUCAUGCUUGAUCCCCGUCGUUCUCUCAGUUCUCACCACCUCACCAUGCAAUCCUCGACAUCCCCCUUUCCCCCCGUGGAGAUCCCUCCGGUUGACCUCUGGACCCUGCUCUUUGAGCGUCCCGACCGACCGUUUCCUCCCUCUCAUCCUCUCUUCAUCGACGCGUCGUCCGGCCGCAGCCUGUCCUUCCAGCAGAUCCGUCAGGGGGCCCUCCACUUCGGCCAAGCACUCCAGACGCACUGGAACUGGCAGCCCGGGGAUGUCCUGGUGGUCUUUGCCCCGAAUGCCAUCGAGGUCCCCCCCGUGGUCUGGGGUACACUGGCCGUAGGGGGCGUGGUGUGCCCCGUCAACCCCAGCUACCGCGCCGGCGAGCUGGUGCAUCCCUUGACUGAUGCCCGCGCCCGAGCCAUUGUCACCACCACCGCCCAGGCUCCCGUCGUGUACGAGGCUGUGGCUCGCUCCGGGCUGUCGCGCGAUCGCGUCCUCCUGCUCGACCAGCCGUCGCCAUUCUGGCUGGCAGGAGAGGCAAGCGAGGCAACCCCCGCGCACACGCCUCCCGUGCAGCAUCCCGACCAGGAGCUGGCCUUCCUGGUGUACUCGUCCGGCACCACCGGUCUCCCCAAAGGCGUCAUGCUGUCACAUCGCAACAUGAUCGCCAAUUUGCUGCAGAACGCCGCCGUCGACCAAGGCCAGCUGACCUGGGACCGCGAUCGGGCCCUGGGCGUGCUGCCGUUCUUCCACAUCUAUGGCAUCACGUACCUGCUCAACUACACCGUCUACUCGGGCGUCCCGCUCUAUGUCUUGCCGCGCUUCCAGUUCGCCCCCUUUUGCGACACUAUCCAGCGCCAUCGCAUCACCUACGCCUAUGCCGUGCCUCCGGUCAUCCUGGAGCUGGUCUCCAACACCCGCACCGCGCAGUAUGAUCUCUCGUCCCUGCGCCUGAUCGUCUCCGCCGCGGCGCCGCUGGCCCUCGAGCUGAUCCAUGCCGCCCGCCACCAGCUGCGUCUCCCCGUGCGCCAGGCUUAUGGCAUGAGCGAGUGCGCUCCGUGCACCCACCUCCAGACCUGGCCCGAAGCCAUCUCGCAUCCCGGGUCCGCUGGCCGCCUCCUCCCCAACAUGACCGCCAAGUUUGCUCCCAUCGAGGGCGAAACCGGUCGCGCCAAGGAGCUCUGGGUCAAGGGCCCCAACGUGUUCCUGGGCUACCUCAACAACCCCCGGGCCAAUGCCGACUCCUUCUCCGACGACGGGUACUACAAGACCGGCGAUGUCGGCUAUGACGAUGACCAGGGCCACUUUUAUCUUACCGAUCGCCUCAAGGAACUCAUCAAGUACAACGGCUUUCAAGUCGCCCCCGCCGAGCUGGAGGCCAUUGCUCUUGGGCAUCCGGCGGUGGCGGACGUGGCGGUCACGGGCGUGCCGAGCGGACAGGCGGGCACCGAACUGCCCCGGGCUUAUGUCGUCCUGGCCCAAGGGCAUGCCGCAGACGCAAAGACGACCGAGGCGAUUGUCGAGUUCGUCGCGGAGCGAGUAAUCGGCUAUAAGAAGCUCCGGGGCGGCGUGCAUUUCGUCCCGAGUAUCCCGCGGAAUGCGUCCGGCAAGAUUCUCCGGCGCGAGCUGAAGCGCUGGCACCGCGAGGCCAAGCUGUAGUCCGGGAUUUCUAGUUUUGUAUAGAGAUGAGAAUCUUAUGAUGAUACACUUGAUGAGACUAAGUGGAAUAGCGUUAGAA